GGUGAGGCCUGUCUUCCUACACCGAAAAACGGAAGGCCGCUACCAUACAGCGAUGCAGCGCAUGCGCGAAGGCGACCACGAGUUCUUUUUCAAAUAUUACCGAAUGAAGCCUGGAAUGUUUGACCUACUGCUGUCGUACAUCACAGAAGACUUAACCCGCAUGUUUGUCAUCAGAGAGCCAAUAGCCCCUGCAGAACGCUUGGCAAUAGCCUUGAGCUAUCUGGCCUCAGGUCAAGAUAUUAAAGACGUCGCCAUGGCCUACAGGGUAGGCAUCGAAACAGCUCGCCUGAGCAUCCAUGUGUCAUGUCGUGCCAUUUGGGUUCGACUGAAAGAUCACUUCAUGAAGGUGCCCACUGAAGCCGAGUGGAUGCAUAUUGCAGAUGGCUUUGCAAAAACAUGGCAGUUCCCAAACUGCCUGGGGGCUGUAGACGGGAAGCACAUUGCUAUAACACAGCCUCCCAAAUCUGGAAGCCUCUAUUACAACUACAAGGUGACUUAA